AUGCCGAAGGCCUUGAAUACAGCGGACGGCGGUGACGCUGCCACCGGCAAGUCAAAAAGGAAAGAAGCUAUCCUCUCGUUUGUAUCAGACCUGCGCAGGCGCUUGCCCACCGACAAGGACGAUUCAGCGGCGUCUGAAACGCUGCUCAGAGAUGUCGAGAAGCAGAAUCAGUUGCUUGACCGGUAUUCGGACAAGCCGCACCAUGGAAUGCUGCUUGAUGAAGAUUUGGACACCGAGGCAACCAAACUUUGGAACGUCUGCACGCGACUCGGUCGAGAAAAUGCGGAUAAGCCUGCGAGAUCCUCGGCAGGGUUGAAACUCAUCCUCUGGAGCCGAGUUCUCGCCUUUCAUAUCUUGCAUUUGUGUCAAUGGUCAACCAAAUGCACUGUACCUGUCGCCUCCCACCUGAUGGAACUGGCUCUGAGAAUGGCAAGAUUAUGCAUUGAUGGUAAUGACGUUCAGAACGCGAGAACUGUUCUGCAGAAAGCCGCUGACUAUCACGGACGACUACAAAAUCUCUUACGGACGAUGGAACCGGAAGAUAUCAAUCAAUCUAUAGAGAUGGAGGCUGAAUGGACUGUCCUGCGGAUUGCCCUAGCCUGGAGGGACAGCCAACUCGACGUGGCCGAGCACUUAUUUGCCCAAGCGAAUAGCUUCUUGGACAAGAUCAAGCCAGCCACAUCGGAGAAGAUCAUCGACAUCUACUUUCUGAUUGGCAAAAGUAUGCUCUCGAAAGAAGAUUUUUCAAUGGCAGAAAAAUGGCUUCAGCGCGCUUGGGAUUCUCUUCAUGGCCAGAGACUACAGGAACUACCGCGUGAUGCGGUCGAACUCCGUAUGGCGAUACUGCAGUCUCUUGUCACUGCUCUCUUGGGGCUCCGAACAAGCGAGAGCAACGAGAGAGCCCAAAAUCUCGUUACAUACAUUGAGUCCGAGGUUGGUGACCAGCCAAUUGUCUUGGUGCUGAGACUGGAGAUCCUCAACAGGUCACCUGCCGAGGUGUUUGACAGUGAAGCAUAUGGCAACAUCCUUCGGAGGAUGAUACGAAGCGUUCAGCUCAGUGAAACGAGUUUCAAGCUUCUAGCUCACCAUAUUCGAAGAGUCUAUUCCAAAAGCCCUGGUCUCGGUUGUACCAUCCUCGAUGAAUUUCUGAUUUCUUUGAUCAAAUCGGGUCAGGGUAGUUGGAUUGACAAGGCGGUGGUCACCCGCAUUUUCAUGACAACAACUCAGCGUGAUUUCGCGAGAAGCAUUUAUGAGGCCGAGAAAUCCCUAUCAAGGUUGGAGCAUCCAGUCAGCACCGAUGCCAGCUUCUCUGCGCAGACCUUGAUUUGGAAGAAGAUUGAAGCCAACUACAGCCAAGUUCGAAGUGGUGAUCGGGAAUCGGCAGCCGUGCAUCUCGAAGCUGUCGCCAAGGCUUCUCCUGCUCAUCUGCAUUUGCUGUACGCUUGCGUUGCGGAUUCACAACAAGUCAAGGACAGGCUCAUUGCAAUUGAUGCCUUGAAGAAGCUCGCGAAUGUGUAUGACUUCCAACAUCCAGGGCCGGUUCACUUACCAGCCCUCCUCCGCUGUACCAUCAUGUUGCUUCAUGGGCUCCUGGAGAGCGGAGAUGAGGCACAGCAGCAUUUAGUCGUCGCUGAUCUGUGUGCGUCGUUCGACACAGCUAUGGCGGCUCAGAAGGCGCCUGAAGACUCCAAUGGACUGGAAGUCGCGGCGGAUCUCUCCCUCAAAUCAAUAUUCUGCAAUUUUCUCAUCUCAUCGGCACUUGUGGCACUCGCUCGAUCACAGGACAAUUUGGAGGAGCAGCUACAGGACUACCUCAUCAUGCGCAGACAUAUCGCAGCGGCCGACUCGGAGAUUCAGAAGCGGAUGGAGAGUCAAAGCCUUGACGAGGUCGCAUCGAAAGACCUUCUCAAUAAGCUCGCCCUGUUGCUAUCAUUCGACUUCGAGGCGACCGUGGCUUUGAAAUGCUGGCCGGACCUCGGGGAGAUCGUGUUGAAGGCAGGCGCUUGUCAGAACACAGAGUCUUUCAAGACCAUGGCAGACUGCAUCUUGCGGACUCCUGUCCCGCCCGAAGAGCUUUUCAGUGUUCUACGCAAAAUCAUCAAUGAGAUUUCGGCUCUACAGGACCGUGAUUCAUCUAAGCUUGCUAAAUAUACCAGAUGUCUGUUCCAAGCCGUUGCCCCAAGCAACGACGACCUCGCAGGGAGACUGUUGGACGAAGCCUGCAGAAUGACAAGCGACGCUCAUGGGACACCAGCGGCAUGGCCCCCGGAAGAGAUAGAAUGGUUAGCAUCAGCAGCCUACAACCACUCUAUCGAUUUAUGGGGACGACACGAGAGGACAAGGUGCACAUGGUGGGCCCAGAAAGCGAUGUCCAUCGCUCAUUUCUGCGACGACGAGGGACAUCUCGAGAAGACGCUGCAGGGCAAAUACGCGAAUCUGAAACUUGAUGUCGACGGCGACUAG